CUUUCCGUAAAGAGACCAUAAACAUGCACUGGCUCUAGUUAAGUUACAGGGGAACUUUGAUCUCUGCUGUUUGCGAGGAGUGUGUGAAUCAGGUGAGUUCAGCAUGUCCACGAGGAAUAUCUCGCGUUUUUGGGAAUGGGGAAGAAAGAUAAUCUGCGUGGGGAGGAAUUACGCGGAUCACGCCAAAGAGCUGUACAACGCGGUUCCCACCGAGCCGGUGCUGUUCCUGAAAACCCCGUCCGCCUACGUGAAGGAGGGCUCUCCGAUCCUGGUGCCCCGCUACUGCUCCAACCUCCACCACGAAGUGGAGCUGGGGGUCGUGGUGGGCAAAGCGGGCACUGCCAUCCCGCAGAGCUCGGCUAUGGAGCACGUGGCCGGGUACGCCCUGUGCCUGGACAUGACGGCCCGGGACGUCCAGGACGAGUGCAAGUCCAAGGGGCUGCCCUGGACCCUGGCUAAAGCGUUCAACACCUCCUGCCCGGUCAGUGAGUUCAUUCCCAAACAUGACGUCCCGCACCCGGAUCAGCUCACCCUGUGGCUGAAGGUGAACGACGUGCUGAAGCAGCAGGGCAGCACCGCCCACAUGAUCUUCUCCAUCCCCUACCUGAUCAGCUACAUCAGCGAGGUCAUCUCUCUGGAGGAGGGGGACCUGAUCCUCACCGGGACGCCCAGAGGAGUCUCAGCAGUGCAGGAGCACGACGAGCUGCAGGCUGGAAUAGACGGGCUGGUCACCAUGACUUUCAAAAUAGGCAAGAACUGGUGACGCUCAGCUCUGAGGCCAUGCACCUGAACCAACACCUGCCUGAUUACUCACUGAUAAGCACAGGGGAAUUACGAAAUACGUGAGCUACCACAUUAUGUCGCAGUUUAAUGGGGUUCAAUUCAGUCUGUUUGACUCUACUGCGCUAUACCAAUACGAGUCUUUGGGCAAGACUACCAACACUACAUCAGCCCACCUCUGUAAUAGGAACAACUAUAUAAGUCGAGUAAGAGUGUUUUUUAAAAUCAAAUUUCUUAAAAUGUAAAAUGCAAAUCCAGCAACUCAUGGUUUUAUCAAGCACAUGACUUUGUGUGUGUGAAUUUGUUAGUGUGUGUAUUUUAAUUAAACGUUUUUUUAAUUCA